GAAUGAACCUGCUCUAGGAAAUCGCCCUUAUUUCAUUCACAAAACAUACCCUUAAACCCUGCAACUCAAUCUCUAAUGCGAAGUGCUUAGCUAGAUUUUUCCGGGGAGUUGCAAAAAUGCUACCUUUUAAUUAUUUACUUCAAAAAGAUGCAGUUACAGUAGAGGCCAAAACAUGUCAGAGAAGACCAACAAUCACUUGCAACAUUAUUUGAAUGAUUCAUAAACCACAACCGGAAAAGGGUCAGUUACACCAAAGCUUAUAUAAUAUAUAGUGAGAGGAAAAGGAUCGGUUAUACGAAAGCUUAUAUAAUAUAUAGUGAGAGCUAGAAGAAAAGCACUCACCUCUCCUCCAAGAAGGUGUAUAUUUCACAGACUGAUCAGAGAAUCAGAGAUAUGACGUCGUGGAAUUCAACUCCGAUGGAAGUGACAUACGAAGUUCUGGGAUGGAUAGCUUUCGUGUCUUGGUCCAUCAGCUUCUACCCUCAAGUCAUUUCGAAUUUCCGGAGGAAAAGUGUUGUGGGGUUGAACUUCGAUUUCGUGGUACUGAAUUUGACAAAGCAUUCUUCAUAUCUGAUCUACAAUGCGACUCUCUACUUUAGCUCUGCAGUUCAGAAGCAGUACUUCCACAAGUAUGGCUCCAAACAGAUGAUACCUGUGGCAGCGAAUGAUGUUGCAUUCUCUACUCAUGCUGUUUUAUUGACCGCGCUGACCCUGAUUCAAAUUGCAGUCUAUGAACGUGGAAAUCAGAAGCUGUCGAAAAUUUCCAUUGGAAUCGUUGUUGCUGUGUGGCUAGGUGGGGCGGUUUGCUUUUUCAUAGCUUUGUCAAACCAUUCUUGGCUUUGGCUCAUUUCCGUUUUCAACCUAAUUCAAGUAUGUAUGACAGUCAUCAAAUACAUUCCCCAGGCAAUCAUGAACUUCAUGCGGAAGAGCACAGAUGGGUUCAGCAUUGGCAAUAUUUUACUUGACUUUACCGGAGGCCUCACAAGUUAUGCACAAAUGGCUGUGCAGUCUAUAGAUCAACAUUCUUGGGUGAACUUCUACGGAAAUAUAGGGAAGACACUUCUCUCUUUGGUCUCGAUAUUCUUCGACCUUCUAUUCAUGUGUCAACAUUUCCUGCUGUAUCCUGCCAAGAAAGCACAGCAGAUACCCCCCAACAGCAGUACCAGUGAGGAAAGAACCUGGCCUAUUGGCAAAUCUCCUGAUCAUCAUUACCCAGCACCUCCGGGGAAUGUAUGAACCUUUGCUUGCUUGGUUCACCAACAAAGUGGUCGAUUACUAAUUAGUUUGUACGACUACUUUUAUGAACUCCCAAUUGAUUUUACAGAACUUUGCUCAUCUGAUCAAACUGCUCAUAACUUAAUAUUGUGCCGGAGUUGUGAGUUUGUGACUGCAUUGAUGUAGUAG